GUUUACAACAAUACAACUUCCGGGAUUGCAUUAAAAACAAAAAUUACGAAAUACGUCAAAAUACAGGAAUACUGCCGUUUCUCAACAUGUCAAUAAAUACAGCUCACGCUAACGGUGGAGUUUUGAUUUUCACAGGGGAGAGGAUCCUCCUUUACUGUGAUGGAGUGGAGAUGGGCUUUGAGCCGAGUUCUGUGCCACAUUUCAAAGGGAACAAGACUGGAACGCUUUACUUGACUACACACAGGGUGAUAUUCUGCAACAAAAGCACAAAGGAAAUGAUGCAGUCAUUCAGUCUGCCAUUCCUUCAGAUGCGAGGGGUUGAACUAGAGCAGCCGGUAUUUGGGGCCAAUUACAUCAAGGGGAAAAUGAUUGCUGAACCUGGUGGUAACUGGACAGGUGAAGGAAAGUUCAAGAUGUGGUUCAAGAGUGGUGGGGCCAUUGAGUUUGGACAGGCCAUGUUGCAAGCAGGAAAACUGGCCUCACGGAACCGCCCCGCCCAGCCACCUGCGUACACCCCGCCCCAGGGCCCAUUCUACCAGGCUCCGCCCCCUGCCUACAGUGCUCCGCACACAGACUACUACGCCUGGGUGCCAUACCAGACCUUUCCAAAUGCCCCACCACCGGAGUAUGUGUAUACGAUGAAUGCCCCUCCCCCAUACCCUGGGGUUGACCCUGCAUACCCGCCACCACAGGCCAUGGGCGGGGUCAUGUCUUCUGCAGAUGCCAAAGCAAUGGAGGCUGCGGGCAAUGGCUACUACAACCCGGCCAAUCCCCAUCAAGUCUACACGCCCGCACAGUACCCCUCUGCCCCACCAGCGUAUGAUGAAGUAACCAAGAAACACCAGUAGACUGGUUACCGGGGAUCAUUCCUCACCAACCAAUUCUUAGAUUUAAGAAUAAAGAACAUACUUAUAGCGAAGGAAAUUACAUAAAGCAGUUGAAUACAUUCAGGCUACAAAUACUAUUGUCAUAAAUUUAUUGUUCUUAAUGAAUAAUUGUGUAUUAAGAAGUGUUUAAGUCCUUGUAUGAAAUUGUUUUUUACCAUGUAAACAUUAAUAUUUUAAGAAAUAUUCUUGUUGUCAGACUUAAGUCUUAGAAUUGAUUAUGAAUACAUGCCCUGGCCAGUGACCCUGAAACAUCAAUAUAGACUGGCUACACUCUAAAUGUUAAUGCGGCAGAAAGAUAAAGUGUACGAUAAGGACAUCUAUACUGAUGAAGAACAAAACAAUUGCUGUCAUGGUCACUUACAUUCUACUGUUAAAGACAUUUUCUUAUUUGAUGGACUUGUUGUUUGCUUGCAACAUGCAUACAGUGACCUAGAACAUAUAAAAGAUGUGUUCCUUGUAUUGUCAAAGUGUAGUGCAAAACAAUGGUUGAUACAUUAACACUUUUAAGGUUUUUUAUUUCCUUUUGUAUUCGUUGUUUUUGUAUUAACUAUUCACUUUGAUGAAAUAACAAUUAAGUAUUUAAAUAAAUUAAGGUAAUUAUGGUCUGAACAUUAUUGCCAACAUCUGAUAUGAGUGAACCCUUCAAGUUCCUAUGGCAUGUUUCCGUUACAAAAGUGUUUCUGAAAUCCUAAUUCUAAUAAUAUUUAACUGUACGUGGCAUGCUGUGGUUGUUAUUGUUAUUGUUAUCGUUUAAUAGCUUAAAGACAUUCAUCAUUUGUGGCAAAAAUCAUUUUGUGAUUGUUUGCAAAUUUAAUUAAACCAACUCAAUUGAUUAAUCUUGCAUGAACAAAUGCUGAAAGAAAGGACCAAUUGUAAGCAGUAUGAAGUGUAGGUCUAUAUUUUAGGAACCAUUAUCAAAUUGCAUGUGUUUAAUUUCUGUAAUUUUCUUGUUGAUUCCAUAAACAGUUGACCAAAAAAAGAAAUAUUUAAAAAAGAGCAUGUAUCAUAUUUUCAUUUAAGUUGUUCUAUGUGCAUGUUGGGUAUUGUUGUCACUUUUUCUCAAUUUUUUUUAUCCAUUUAUUAUCUUUUCUUUUGUUUCUUUUUUCACUUGUGAACCUUCAUAUGCAGUAUUUCUUCAACUUCUUUAGUUGAACUGUACUAACACUAUUCUAAUGAACUAUACAAAAACUAUACUAACACUAUCCUAACUAACUAUACAAAUACUAUUCUAACAGCAAAAGUUUUGAUGCAACAAAGACUUGAAACUUUCAAUUUCAUUAUGUGUAUGCCCCAUGUUAAAUUCUUUAAUUUCUUAUACUUUCCAAUACAUAUUAAACGUAUAAACAUACAUAUAUCUUAAACAAUCUUAGCUGAUAGUUUGAGCUGAACUAAUGUUAAAGAAUUUAAUACAUCUACCUUCUUCUCUUUUUGAUGUAAUGUAAUUUUUGUUGCAUAAGCAUUUAAUGAUAUUGUAUCCAGAAGUAUAAUAUAUAUUCCAGAAGAUUUCUUACCAAAUUUUAGAAUUUGUUGAAUGCUCACUUUAUUUACGUCAUGUUAUUCACACAUUUGCAGAUGUUCCUUGAAUGCUCACUUUAUUUACACAUUUGCAGAUGUUCCUUCAUAUAAUUUUGAGAAUAGUACUCUCAGUAAAAAUAAAAGAUAUUUUGGGGCUUUUCAUAAUUUUAAUCUGAUCCUUACUAUUGCUCUAUAAGUAAUUAAGUGGCUUGUGUAUUGCUAUUAUUUUUUAUUGUUUGAAUAAAUUCAAAAUAUUUCAAUAUGUUGAAAUGUAAAGCAAAUGUCAACAAGAUGUAGACUUCAUAAGAUUUUUUUGGAUUCAGUUUUUGUUGACUGGUAAUGUACCAUGAUUAGUUCAAAUACCAUUAUUGAGGUUACAGAAGCAUUUUAACUAGUCUGGAUGUACAUGAUUAGGUUAGAUUUGAACAAUAAAUUUUCUGUUCUCGUUUUAGUCUUUUAUUGUCUAUUAAAUAUUGUACAAAGAAAGUUUCUAUAUUGUUGAAUUACUGAGUUAUGAUCAUGGUGUUAUUUAUAUGUGUUAUUUAUUGUAAUGUUUUAACAAAUACAUAAGUCAUCAUGGA